AUGUCUCAAGUUCAAAGUUCCGGAUUGGCGGACCUUGAGAAAGAGCUGGUAUGCUCAAUUUGUACCGAGCUCCUCUACCAGCCCCUCACUCUCCUCGACUGCCUCCACACUUUCUGCGGAUCCUGCGUGAAAGAAUGGUUCUCCGCACAAGGGGCACGUCGCUCCCGCGCCUCGGCCCGAUUUACCUGCCCAUCCUGUCGCGCGGAAGUGCGCGACACCCGCCCAAAUGCCACCGUGACGACCCUGCUGGACAUGGUCCUGACCGCACACCCAGAUCGAGCCAGAGCGACAGAUGAAAAGGCAGAAAUUGCCACUAGGUACACACACGGGGAGUCAGUCUUCCCAGCACUUCCUUCGGGCGGGGAAAGUACGGAGGAGGAUGGCGAGGACGAUAGACGCAUUCUAGAGGAGGUACGCGAGCUAAGUCUACGCGAAAGCCGGGCACAAGCUAGACGCGAGACCCGAAGGGCGGGCCAAUCUUCACGGACGCGCGAAAGGAGCACCAAUACCGAGAGACUUGCGGAGGACAGCCGGUCAAGGCGUCGGAGGGAUGACGAUCCAUCGCGGCAGCACCGUACAUUACGGCCAGAUGAUUCGGACCGCACGCGACGGGUCGAGCAUCAAUCCAGUCUGCGGUCAUUACUGAGCUUGUCAUCUGAUGCGGAGACUAUGGAGGAAGAGAUCUUGCGGCAAAUUCUCGAGGACGGAUUAUUGGAUAACAUCAAUCUCGAUAAUCUUGGGCCUAGGCAAGAAGAGGAACUCAGUGAACGCAUCGCGGAUGCCUACCGCCGGAGGCAUAUGCAUAGAUCACAGUCUCAUCAGCGACAAGAACAAGGACGAGAACAGCGGCAAGAGGCUAACGGAGCUACGCGAACACAUGCCAGUUCCGAGUCCGCCCACAGGACUGCAGACCCAACGGCAGCUACCCGGGAACACAAUGUCAGACGACCACCAGUUUCGAGACCGCAUCUAUUUGAUUCGGCUCCUACGCGGCCGAGCACCGCGGGUCACCAAAGGCGCAGCUCGGAACAAGCGGGUGGGCGCCGAAGAACCUCGCCCGUUCGAACAAAUCAGGCGUCCGCAUCAGACGAGGCCAUACGGCCUGCUGCCCGAUCCUCGAGUGAUAUAACUGCAGAUCGCCACGUCUCUCAGACUGGGCGCUUGCGAUCAGAAUCGGCAUCAGCCAGGCCGCGACGUGCUACAGAGUCAGAACAGAAUAUCUCUAGCGUGUGGGGGCCGGAGGACGAGAACGAAGCUCCUCUAGACAGGCCACGGGUCAAUCAGCCACGAACUCCCCCACUUCUGGCGCUGCGCCCUCAAAUUCGUCCCGCCAUUUGCCUCACACGGACCACAGCCUUCCGUCAUUAUCUUCGCCGCUUGUUCCAAUCCGGUCAGACAGACGGACAAGACCAUCUUCGUCCCGAUCCAAUGUUUCUGCAUCUCCCACAGUAA